AUGGGUACACAUGCGAGAGGCAGCAGGAGCAGCAGGAGCUCAAGCACGCGCAGCAACAAGAACCGCCGCAGCAGCAGCAGCAGCAGCAGGAACUGCAGCAGCAGCAGGAACUGCAGCAGCAGCAGGAACUGCAGCGGCAGCAGAGGCGGUAACGGCAACUGCAACACUGUCAGCCGCAGCAGCGGGAACAAGCAAAAGGCUAUAUUAAACAGACACAACAGCAGCAACAGAAGCAGCAGAAGCAGCAGCAGCAACAACAGCAGCAGCAGCAGCAACAACAGCAGCACGGAAACGCAAGACUGCACGGCGGAUGCUGCCGUCAGGGCUGCUGCAGUCGAAGGUGCUGGUGCAGCAGCUGCAGCAGCAGAGCCUGCUGCAGCAGUACAGCCAGAUGCAGCAGCAGAACUUGCUGCAACAGUAGAGCCAGCUGCUGCAGCAGGGCCAGAUGCUGCAGCAGCAGAGCCAGUUGCUGCAGCAGGGCCGGAUGCUGCAGCAGCAGAGCCAGUUGCUGCAGCAGGGCCAGAUGCUGCAGCAGCAGAGCCAGCUGCAGCAGCACGGCAAGACGCUGCAGCAGAGCCAGCUGCAGCAGCAGAGCCUGAUGCAGCAGCAAUAGAGCCAACUGCAGCAGCAGAGCCUGAUGCUGCAGCAGCAGAGUCUGCUGCUGCCGCGGGGCCUGAUGCUGCAGUAGCAGGGCCUGAUGCUGCAGCAGCAGCACGCGAUGGAGCAGCAGAUCCUGCUGCAGGUGCUGCUGCAGCAGCAGAACCUGCUGCAGCUUCAACUGCAGCAUCAGAACCCACUGCAGCAUCAACUGCAGCAGCAGAGCCUGCUGCAGCGUCAGCCGCAGCAACAGAGCCUGCUGCAGCACCAACUGCAGCAGCAGAACCUGCUGCAGCACCAACUGCGGCAGCAGAACCUGCUGCAGCAGAACUGUCUAAACCAGCUGAGCCUCCAGCAGCAGCAACUGCUGCUGCAGCGGAUCAAUCAGCAGCAGCAAAAGCAGCAGCAGCAGAUGAUGCUGCAGAUUCUGUCGAGACAGAAAUGAACGUGGCAGAUGAGGCCGAUGCAGCAGCAGCAGCAGCAGCAGCAGUGCCUGCAGCAGCAACAACGGCAGCAAGUGCAGCUCCGUCUUCAGCAGCAAAAGUGUCAAAGGUUGAGCCUUGUGAGCAGCAGCAGGAUGCAGCACCUCGAUCCAAAUCAGCAGCAGCAGCAGCAGCAGCAGCAGACGCUUCAACGAAUAGCAGUAUGUGUGGCGAUAGCUGCAGCAGGGAGUCUUCAGCAGCAGCAGCAGCAGCAGCAGCAGCAGCAGCAACGCCCACAGCUGCUGCACUGAGCGCUGCAGCAGACACUGACGCACAAAAUGGAGCCCCCAGCAGCUCUGUUCUUUCCUUUCUGUCUCGCAGCAGCAACGCCAGCGUUAACGGGAACAGCAAGCAGCAGCAGCAGCAGCAGCAGCAGCAGCAGCAGCAGCAGCAGCCGCUGCUUUCUUCUGCCAGCCGCAUGCUGCUUAGUGUGGGACGCCGCCUCGGGAGCGGCAGCAUUGCUGCAGCGGAGAGUGCAGCAGCAGCAGCUGCUGCUGCUGCUGCUGCAGCUCUUGUGGGAGAUGCAGGCAGCAGCAGUAGCAGCAGCAGCAGCAGCAAAAGCGGCGGAGCAGCAGCAGCAGACUGCUACACUGUGCAGCUGGAGCAUGAACUAGCCGCUCUCAAGGAGCAGGUGAGCGUGUACAGACAGGCGCUGCUGCUGCUGCCGCCUUCCUCCCCACAGCCUGCUGAGGUGUAUGGGGACCUCCGGGCAGCAGCAGAAUGUGUCGUGAGGAGCCUUAGAAGUCUAGGCUUCCUUGCAGCAACAGCAGCAACAGCAGCAGCAGCAGCAACAGCAGCAGCAGCAACAGCAGCAGCAGCUGAUACAGCUGCACAAGACGCAGCAGCUGGCGGUUCAGCUGGUGCUGCAGAUGCAGUACAUGAUCGUCCCAAGAGGGACUCCAGUGGACCGUUUGAAGAGCAAGCAGCAGCAGCAGCAGCAGCAGCAGCAGCAGCAGCAGAGGAGCAGCAGCAGCUACAGCAGCUGCUAGUAGAUGCAGUGGAGCAGGCCCUUGCUGCGUCGCUUUCAUCUGCCUCGACGCCGCCUUCGCCACCUCAGCAGCAGCAGCAGCAGCAGCAGCAACUGCAGCAGCAACUGCAGCAGCUGCAGCAGCAGCUCGAAGCCGAAAGGCAGAAGCAUGACACUGAGCGCGUGCUGCUGCUGCAGAAGCUGCAGCAGCAGCAGCUGGAGGCGGAGCAGCAGCGCGACAUUAACGAGCGACAGGCCAAACAACUCAUGCAGCUUACACUUAUGGUGACGCAGAUGAAGACGGAGGCGGACGAACACAAGCAGCAGCAGCAGCAGCAGCAGCAGCAGCAGCAGCAGCAGCAGCAGGGACAGGAGCAGCAGCAAAGAACUGAGGCGGAUUCUGCUGCAGCAGGAGCUGCAGCUGCUGCUGCUGCUCCCCCACAAGUCACUGCUGAACAGUUCGAAGAACUUUGUGCAGCAGCAGCAGAGACUUUUCGGCUACGGUGUACUGUCACUUCUCUUGAGGAAGAGCUGCAGUGCAUGCAGCAGCAGCAGCAGAGUGCUGCUGCUGAGCUUGAGCAGGUGCAGCAGCAGCUGCAGCGGGAGCAAGAGAUGCGAGAAGUGCAGGAGCAGCAGCAGCAGCAGCAACAGGAAAAAGCCGAAGUCCAGCGGAUGGAUUUGGAGCAGGCGCUGCAGGCAGCAAGGGGGGAGCGCGACGAGCUGCUGCAGCAGCUGCAGCAGCUGCAGCAGCAGCAGCAGCAGCAGCAGGACGUCGUAGGGCGGCUGCGGCAGCAGGUACAAGAAACAGAAGAGCAGCUGCAGCAGCUUAAGGACGAAAUGCAGCAGCAGCAGCAGCAACAGCAGCAGCCAACGUCUGCAGCGGGGGCAGCCCAAGGCCUUCAGCGGACUCUCUCAGAAGAGCUAGCAGCAGCAGCAGCAGCAGCAGCAGCAGCAGCACCAACAGCACCAACAGCAAGAAUAACGAGAAACUCUGGCAGAUCAUCGCCUGCUGCAGGGCCCAAUGCCCCUGAAGCUUUGGAACUUGAGCAGCAGCAGCAGCUGCAGCAGCAGCUGCUGCAGCAGCAGCCGUGUAAACAGGAGCAUCCACAGCAGCAGCAGCUGCAGCAGCAGGGCUCAUUCUCGCUCUUCGUUGAGGCUUCGCAGCGAGCGCUGCAGCAGCAGCAUCUGCAGCGGCAGCAGCAGCAGCUGAAGGCGCUGCAGGUCCUCUGCGCACGGGAGAAGAAGCAGCGCGAAAAGGCCGAAGAGCAGUGUCGGCGGCUGCUUGCUGCUGCACUAGAGAACCAAGUGCUGCGCCUCCACAGGGAUGAAGCAGAUUCCCCUGCUGCUUCUCCAUCUUCCCCGCGCAGCAGCAGCAGCAGCAGCAGCCGAAGCAGCAGCAGCAGCAGCAGAAAUGCCGCAGCAUGGGCACGGGACGCUGCGCCGGCUCCUCGUCCACUCAGAGCUGCCAAUUCUUAUUCGUCGGACCUCGACUACCUGCAGCAACGGCAGCAGCAGCAGCAGCAGCAGCAGCAGCAAGAUAAUGCACUGCUGGCCGCAGAGCAGCAGCAGCAGCAAGGCGUGGAGCCACCUGAAGCAAACGCCCCGCUGCUGCAGGAGCAGCUGCAGCGGCUGCAGCGGACAAACAACAGCCUUUCUGAUGCUUUAAGAGAAGCAGCAGCAACAGAGGAGGCACUUCGGGCAGAGCUGCAGCAGAAGACGCGGAUUAUCAACGUUUUGCUGCAGCAGCCGCCCAAGCAGCAAAGGUGCGUUUCAGCAGCCGGGGCUCUGCGCUUAAAGAUCUUCAGGUGUACAGACACCUACUACAAGCUCAGCUUUACUGCCUUGGAAAGAGCUGCAGCAGUAGCAGCAGCAGCAGCAGUAGCAGCAGCAGCAGCAGCAGCAGGGUUUAGGGGUUUAGGGUUUAGGGGUUCGGACCCCUCGUUCUCGCGAGAAUGCCAUUACUUCUUCCGUCUCGUUUGCGCGCAGCAUUCGCCGCAGCAGCAGCAGCACGAAGACCCCCAGCAGCAGCAGCAGCAGCAGCAGCAGCAGCAGCAGCAGCAGUUUUCGGUUGAGGAGGGUUUGCUGCCGGUGGUUCGCGAGGCUGCUGCUGGCUUGUGGGGCCGCUCUCUGGUGUCUGUACAGCUCAUUACUGCUGCUGAAGUUGCUGCGCUAAUUUUGACAGCUCACAAAAUUAAAAGUUUGUACAGCCAGCGAGACCCUGCCCUGGGCCGGGCGCUGCAGGGCAAAGUUGUGGCGACGGCUUUCUUUGAGCCCAGCACCCGCACGCGCUGUUCAUUUGAAGCUGCUGCUCUUCGUCUGGGGGCAGGUCUAAUUAGCAAUCCAGACUUGAAGGCUGCCAGCUCUGUCAAGAAAGGCGAAACCCUCACAGACACGAUGAGGAUGUUUUCUUCUUACGCCGACGCGGUGGUCCUUAGACAUCCAGAAAAGGGCAGCUGUGCGUCGGUGGCUUCUCCGCAAUAUGGCUUUUGCUCUCCGGAGCCUCCCAGCAGCAGCAGCAGCAGCAACAGCAGCAGCAGCAGCAGCAGCAGCAGCAGCAGCAGCAGCAGCGGGAACUGCGUGCUGCUGUCUGGCGGCGACGGGUCUGGAGAACACCCGACUCAGGCUCUGCUGGAUCUGUUCACCAUAGCUGAGCAGCAGCAGCAGUGGUUUGCUGCUGCAGCAGCAGCAGCAAUUCGGGGAGAGACACAAAAGACGCAGCAACUCUCCCUAGUCUUCUGUGGCGACCUCAGAUACGGAAGGACUGUGCACUCUUUGGCGCUGCUGCUAGCUCGCUUUGGCGUUCGCCUAACUUUCGUGCCUUAUUCUGGCUUUGAGCCUGACAGUUCAUUUUUGGAAGAAGUCAGAAGCGUCUUCAAGCAGCAGGGUUUACCAGCAGACACUUUCUGCUGCACCGCGCACUCCCUCGAGUCUGUGCUGCCCCACGCUGACUUCUUAUACUUAACAAGAAUACAAACAGAAAGGAUUAAACCCUCGGGGGCCCCCCCAGAGGGGCUUGGGGGGCCCCCAACCCCAGUGGGGGCCCCAGGGGCCCCAGGGGCCCCGGGGGCCCCGGGGGCCCCGGGGGCCCCGGGGGCCCCCAGUGAGGCCCCACAAGAGGCUGGAAGGAGGGGCCCUGAGAUGGGGGUGACGUUGGAGUUUUUGAAGAGGUUUGCAAAGCCAACUUUGAAGGUGCUGCACCCGUUGCCUCGGAAUUGGGAGUUGAGCGAAAGUGUUGACAGCAGCAAAUUUUGUUUGUACUUUGCCCAGGCAGCCAACGGCCUGUUUGUGCGCAUGGCCCUUUUGCUUUUGACUCUUAGUCCUUAUCCCUUUCUAAAGUGCGCCAUUUGA